CAGCAUUCUGCGGGGCCGCGGCUGGUCAGGUAGUGCGGCGUAGUCAGUAGGAGUAGGUGAGCAGACACCGCCGCGGAGACGAGUCUGUCAGUUUUCCGCCAUGAACUCCAUUAAGAACGUGCCUUCCCGGGUAAUGAGCCGGCGCUCCGGUCACGGCUUGGAUGCGGAGAGGGAGCAGUUUGACAAGAACCAGGCUAUCAGCAUCAGCAAGGCUAUCAAUGUACAGGAAGCUCCCGUGAAAGAGAAGCACGCCCGUCGAAUAAUAUUGGGCACCCAUCAUGAAAAAGGAGCCUUUACUUUCUGGUCUUACGCCAUUGGCCUACCUCUAGCUAGCAGCUCAAUCCUAAGUUGGAAGUUCUGCCAUGUCCUACAUAAAGUCCUUCGAGAUGGUCAUCAAAAUGUUCUUUCUGAUUGUCAACGAUACCGCAGCAAUAUCCGGGAGAUUGGAGACCUGUGGGGACAUAUGCACGAUCGAUACGGACAGCUUGUCAUCAUUUAUACUAAACUGUUACUCAAUAAGAUAAGCUUCCACACAAAGCACCCACAGUUUCCUCCAAGCUUGGAAGUGACAGAUGAUGAUCUAGAAAAGGCGGCUGGGACAGAUGUCAACAACAUAUUCCAACUAACAGUGGAAAUGUUUGAUUACAUGGACUGUGAACUGAAGCUUGCAGAGACUGUUUCUAGGCAGCUUAACAGUGCCAUCGCUGUGUCCCAGAUGGCUGCAGGACAGUGUAAACUCGCUCCUCUUAUUCAGGUCAUUCAGGACUGCAGUCAUCUCUAUCACUACACUGUAAAGUUGAUGUUUAAACUACAUUCCUGUCUGCCUCCUGAUACACUACAGGGACAUAGAGACAGAUUUCAUGAACAGUUCCACAGCCUUAAAAAUUUCUUCAAACGUGCAUCUGAUAUGCUGUAUUUCAAGCGGCUUAUUCAGAUUCCCCGUCUUCCUGAUAAUCCACCUAACUUUUUAAGAGCAUCAGCCUUGGAUGAACAUGUUAAACCUGUGGUAGUCAUGGCAAAUGAGACUCCAGAAGAAGAAGAGCCGCAAACUGAGUCUCUAAUUGAAAUUAACAACAGCCAGCCAGUGGAGCAGCAGGUUGUAGAAGAUAUCUUCCAACAAACUUUUGGUCCUCCAAAUGGUGUGGUGAUUGAUGACAGGGAUCUUCAAAUUGAAAAUCUGAAAAAAGAAAUAGACAUGCUGCGUUCAGAAUUGGAGAAAAUAAAACUAGAGGCUCAGAAGUACAUCAUGCAGCUGAAGGGCCAGAUUAACACUUUAGAAGCAGAGGUGGAGGAACAGCGCAAACAGAAGCAGAAAGCCCUGGUGGACAAUGAGCAACUCCGGGACGAGCUGGAAAGGCUACGGAAACAGCAACAGGACAGUGAAAAAAAGGAAGGAGUCUUUGUGGAAAUUGAAAAAAAAGUUCAGGCGACAGAACUGCGGUACAAUAAACUGAAGGAAAAACACAAUGAGCUCAUCAAUGUUCAUGCUGGACUACUGAGAAAGAAUGCUGACACUGCCAAGCAGCUCACGGUGUCUCAGCAGAACCAAGAGGAAGUGGCACGUAUCAAGGAACAGCUGGAGUUUCAGAUGGAUCAAGUGAAGCGAGAGUCAGAAAUAAAGUUGGAAGAGCAUACGUUUCAGAUUGAACAGUUAAAAACAGAAGUAGAAUCCAAACAAGAAGAAAUGACUCGACUGCAGCAGUCUUUAUCCAGUACUGAGCAGUCGGCGUCUACGUUAUCUUCAAAGCUCGCAUCCCUCGAAGCUGAGAAGGACUCGCUGCAAAGCCUGUUAACCACCAAAGAAUCAGAGUUGUUAUCUGUUAAAAAUGUAGCUCAAGAAACUGAGUCUUUAUUCAACCAAGAGCAAGAAAAGCGAGCAAGUGAGAUACGGGACCUGGGGGAAAAACUUGACAAAAAGACUACAGAUGAGCAGAAACUUUAUCAGAAGAUGUUGGAGGACCAGUUUAACAUUAUUCAGGGAACCGUGAGGGAAGCAGAAAAUAUCAUCCAGGAUGCUGUAGCUAAACUUGAUGACCCUCUUCAUAUCCGCUGCACCAGUUCACCAGACUACCUUGUAAACCGAGCAAAACAUGCCAUUGACUCAUUAGCAUCCCUUGCGAAUGGACAUGCUAAAUAUACACAGAAUAUGACAGACGCGUCUGAUUUAGUUGGAUCGCUGGCACAGUUUGCACACUUAGCAGCUGAUACAAUUGUAAAUGGCAGCGCAACGUCUCACUUGGCACCGCCUGACCAUGGAGAGCGUCUUGUGGACAGCUGCAGGGAUUGUGGAAGCCAGAGCUUACAGUAUCUGAAUGAACUGAAGGACAAGCAGUCCCUGAAAGGUGCCAACCUGACGAAUGUUAGAAGAACACUGCAGAAUAUCCUUGGACUGGGAGAGGAGUUGAGGCCAAAGAGCAUGGAUAUCAAGCAGGAAGAACUGGGAGACAUGGUGGACAAAGAGAUGGCAGCUACAUCUGCAGCCAUAGAAGAUGCAGUGCGGAGGAUUGAGGAAAUGAUGAACCAGGCUCGUAAAGACACCUCUGGAGUUAAGCUGGAAGUAAAUGAGAGGAUUUUGUAUUCAUGCACAGACCUUAUGAAGGCCAUUAAACAGCUUGUCAUAACCUCUACGGAUUUACAGAAGGAAAUUGUAGAGAGUGGAAGAGGAGCAGCAACCACACAAGAAUUCUAUGCCAAGAACUCCCGCUGGACGGAAGGUCUCAUCUCCGCAUCAAAGGCUGUGGGAUGGGGAGCCACCCAACUUGUGGAGUCUGCAGAUAAAGUUGUGCUCCAUAAAGGGAAAUAUGAGGAACUGAUUGUCGGAUCCCAUGAGAUUGCUGCCAGUACUGCACAACUGGUUGCUGCUUCCAAGGUAAAAGCGAAUAAAGAUAGCAAGAAUCUGGGAAAACUGCAACAGUGCUCCCGUCGUGUGAAUGAGAUGGCAGCCAACGUGGUGGCUUCUACAAGAUCAGGCCAAGAACAGAUUGAGGAAAAAGAUACCAUGGACUUCUCUGGAAUGUCUCUCAUCAAACUAAAGAAGGAAGAAAUGGAAAGCCAGGUUAAAGUCCUUGAACUGGAGAACAUGCUGCAGAAUGAAAGAAUGCAUCUUGGAGAGAUUCGGAAAAAGCAUUACAUGCUGGCAGGAGUGUACGAUGAAACCGAGGAAACCGUAAAGCCAGCACCACCUCAGAAGCCUGGAAUUCUAAAGAAGCCACAGUUGGCACAGAAACCGAACAUUCCACCCAAGACUGAUCACAAGAUUGAUAAAGAUGAUGGUGUCUAUCAAGCUCACUUCAUCAACUUCUAGCUCAUGAUUCCAUGCCAGGAUGGCUGUCCACCGCUACUUGUUCCAGGGGGUGCAGGAAAUACUGUAAAAUUGGCACUUUUGUACCAUUACAUCUGUGUUCUAUACAGAUAGAUGCUCUUCUGACACCUUUUGGGUGGUCAAUUUUAGCCCUCCCACUCUGAUGCCUAUUUAUACUAGUGUAGGAAGUCUACAAAUGGCCACGUUUUAUUUCUGUUUAUUUUAUUGUACUAUUUUAUUUGCCUUUGUGUGUGCCAACUUUAUGCACCUCUUAUAUUCUUUUUUUCACUGUACGUUAUAAAAACAUCUGAAGACUCCUAUAGAUGUCAACACCAAACCAUUAAAUGGCUAUGGGGGCCCUUACAGGGCAGGACAAAUCAUGUCUUAUGCCACUACAUUAUGCCAUUACAUAGCCUGACUAAAGAUCACCAGUUGUGUAACUGUUACUCUUCAGGUUUCCCAUUAUCUUUACGUGGACUUCUGAUAGCAGGGACUGUCUUCUUCUGUGAUAAAUUAGUGUGUCUUGAUACAUGUUGAAAAGAUGAUAAUAUAUACUUUUAAAUGUUUUUAAUUUGGAGUGCAUUAAGUUUGCUGUAGAGACUUUCCCAUAUUUCUAUGUAUUUUCUUUUCUUUUUGCACUCAAGCUAGAAGGGGGAACAGAGAAAUAUCAUCACUUGGGGGUAGGAACUACACUUAAUAUAGAAAAAUUAUUUCAAUGCGAAGUCUCUCUAAAAUAGCAUCUUUAAAGUGGCAGAAGACACUCUUACCUCUAUACGUCAGGUGUUCAUUCGCAGGUAUGAGCCAGGUUGAAUUAACUGUUUUAAUAACUUGUGGCAUUAAACACUGAAUCAGUACAAGACAGUACAGAAUAGUACCAAAUGAUGUAAGGCAGUCUUGAGCAGAGGUUUGUGCCCAGUGUAAGGGGGUUGUGUUAAGAGGGCUGUAUCUAGUCUUCCACUGCUUAUUAAUAAAUUGCCGUCACCUUGGGUGUUAGUAAGGCCUCAUGCACACAAACGUUGUUUGUUUCCGUGUCCGUUCCGUUUUUUGUGGAUAGG